CUCUUCUUCAGCUCUUCUUGGUACUGUCGAUCGAUCCUCACUCAUCAUUGAUCAACGAGCCGGAAAACCGGGUACACCAUGCAAAAAGAACUGGAAGCUGGAUCAAAGAACAUCAAAAAUACUGUAUCCAAAUAAAGGCUUUUUUUUUAUUCGUGCGCACCACAAUUAAUUGAUGUUGCAUAGCAUCAGGAAUCCAAUGUCCAUCAAGAAUUCGGCAUUUAAGGUUGAUUGCGCAUGUGCAAAAACAAAACAAAAACCGUCAACAUUUCCUCGUCUCCCAAACAUCUUGUCGCCUUCGAAGUAAGCUCCCAACUCCCGUCUGGAUCGGAUUGUUUGAAAUAGUUCCAUUUCUUUCACUCAAUAGUUUUGCAUAAAUUUAAUUACAGACGAAUAGUUUGUUUUUAGGAUCGUAUUUUUUUGGUUUUGAAUUCGUCUUCAUCGCUCACCAGCAUGGAAGAAGACGGUUCAUCGUUGUCUACGCGACCUGUUGUCGAAGUCUCGCAGGAAGUGCUUACCAUCACUGGAAUUUUCCUCACCAUCGUCGCUAUCGUCUCGACGCUGGGAAACGGAUCGUUUAUUGCCGUCCUACUCCGCAGCAGAGGAUUUCGUCGCGACGCUCACCUCAUCUUAUUAAUGAGCAUGGCAACUUGUGACCUGGGAAUCUCCAUCUUCGGUUACCCGUUCAACAUUGUUUCCUGUUUUGCCGGCACUUGGGUUUUUGGUGACUUUUUCUGCCAGAUGUACGCGUUUAUGUGCUUCACCCUGGCCAUGAUUUCUGCAAACACGCUGGUGGUUAUCUCCAUUUUCCGUUACAUCAUCAUCUGCAAGCCGCAAAGUAAGCAUAGGCUGACUCCCCGAGUGAGUUGCAUUUGCAUCGCCGCUACCGUUUUCUACGCUCUAAUUUUCACGCUGUCGCCCGUGUUCGGCUGGUCGGCGUACACUUACGAACCCUUCGGCGCUUCUUGCUCAUUUGAUUGGUAUGACCAGAGCAACAGUGGACUCAGCUAUUCAAUCUCUGCAACGAUUUUCUGCUAUGUAGUUCAUCUGUCAGUCAUGAGCGUGUGCUAUCACAAGAUUUACAAGCGCGUCUCACAACUUAAACUGGAUUCGCUGACUCCACCACUGUCGUCUGACACGGAGAAUAAUGAGGAGGAGAAAUCUUGUUUGACUCGCAUCUGCUUUGAUGCAGCCCUAAACUUCGAGAUAGACCAAUCAAACAUCAACCAUCACCGGAAUCAAAGGACUUAUAAAAUUGAAAUCCAAGUUCUCAAGCUCAACUUGCUCAUGGUGUUGACUUUCUUCGUCAUUUGGUCUCCCUACGCCGUUAUGUCGUUCGUCUCCAUCUACCAUCCGGACUUGCCCGCUUUCUGGUACAUCUUCCCGACGGUUUUCGCCAAAAUGUCGUGCAUGAUGAACCCGCUCCUUUACGGGCUGACCAAUUCCUCGCUGCGUCGCGAGCUGCGCCAUUUGUGGCAGGACAUUUGCUGCCAGGGUAAAACGGACGCCGAAGAUCGCCACUGUCAUUACCGCAAUCGCAGAUACGGAAAAGACGGUGAGAUUGACCGGCCGAUAUACGACAAGGAAGGAGUGUACCUCGGUAAAGUGAACCAGGGCACUUGCAUGUGCUCUGGAUGCGUCGAAUCGCGCAGAGAGGUCGAAUUGCUGAUCCGUCUUCAGACGCAACGCUCACGAGACUCGGAAUUGAAUGCGACAUCGAUCGUCGAGACCAGCCAUUCGGGAGAGGAAUCUCAUUUGAAGCAGAACCCAAAAAAAUUGAAUGGCGAAUUCACGGAGGUUGAGGGUUGAUCAUUAUUCCCAUCAUUGGCUCUCUGAUGGUUUAUUGGAUUUCUUAUAUUCCGCCAUUUUGAUUCGAAUUGAACUCGGCCGGACGUUUGGGUCCAGAAUGAUGACGUAAAAAAUGCGAUCGAUGUUUGCAAUAUUUACAAACACAUUUGAAAACCAUCGUAAAACUAUAGAAAUACAGACAUUAAAUAAGGAUGAAAAUGGGGAAAAAACACACAAAAACGUACAAAAUAUAUACCCAUCAUACCGUUGAAGUUGCUCUAAUUGUUUUUUUUUGUUAUUUCCUGUUGUCACCCAACGAACACUCGUAUACCGGUACUAUAUAAUAACGUUUCCGUUUGGUUGGUUUUUAUUUUUAUAUUUUAGCGCUUUUAAAAACCAUCUUGUAUCUUAUACGACCCGACAGCAGCAACCAAUCUUGUUUUAGCUCCCAACUCCCCUUAUUUCUUUCAUUUUAUGAGACACUAGCAGUCAUAACCGUAUUCCUUGGGCGUAAAAAAAAAGUUGUAUAUGAUGACUACCUCUGUAAUUACCAUUUGUCCAAUCCUAAUCACGGUACAUUAUAUUCGUGGGACCGCGUCUAUAUUUCCUGGCCAAAUUCAUCCUUUUCUCUUCUUCAUUGUCGUCCUCUUUGUUUGAUGUUUUCCUUUUUCUCUCGUCUGUACAUAUACUCAAGUCUGAUACGAUUUACUGUACACAUUAUUAUAUAUACCUUUGCCAAAACAGAAAAAAAAGAAAAAGAUUAUUUUCCUCGAUCAGAAGAAGACGAAGAAGAGCUAAAGCCCAAAUUGUACACAGAGCGAUGGUCACGACCGAAAUUUCCGGGGACGAUGACGACAACCCAGCCUCCCGUGACGGCCCAUUCCAUUCCAAACUUAUUGUACUUUUCUGCCUCUUAUCGAUCCGCUUCGAGCGGAUUUUUUAAAGCUCUUCUGGCAGCGCCAAACUGUUGACAAUGUUGACACUUGGUGAGCGUGUGGAUGCCAGCGUAUUACUUAACCUCUCGCGUGAUUGCGGUUUUUUUUACACCUGUCUCCACAUACAUGUAUAGUACUCUCGAGCUGUUUUUCUUAUAUAUAUCUGGUUUCCUCGCUUGCACAUCUUUUGGGUCUUACGGUUUUCUAUUUUUCCAGUUUGUUUUUUUGGCUGUGUGGAUUUUUUUUUCCUCCCCCAAAGUCUGUGCUUUUCUUCCUCUCGAAAAAAAGAGCCGGCGAAGAAGAACAACAUGUAAGAAGAACGGCUCCCGUGGGUUGUCCGGCUGCUCCGCCAUGUAGAUACCGUUUUCCCGGUGCGCAGCAGCAGAAGAGUAGCGACAAAUACAAGCCAACAGUGAAUUGUGCCAGUUGUUCCACUUGAUUGGACAUUCUUCCUCCCGCCCGUCUCAUAUACAUGUUGAAGACCACACAAGCGUUUAUAUGUGAAUUCACGGGCCAACGAGGAUUAUUACCAUAAAUUGCGGGAAAUUUAUCAAAAACCUGCGAAUUUGACCUUUUCUCUAAUCUCUUACACAAUGUCCGUUUUUAUGUUCUUUUUUUAAAGAGUCGUCUCCGUUGAUAGUCGAGCCACGAUUGUGCAUCCUCCAUUUCUUUCCUGGUUAUGUGGUACAAUUUCUUAUUUUUUGUUUCGCUGUGAUUAUCUCAUUUUUUUUUUUCGGAAUACAUUUAGUAUGUAUCACGCCGUCCAUUAUUU